AUGGCGUCGAAACUCGUGAAAGCCCUAAUCAGAUCGCAGAUUCUCCCAUCCACGAGGAGGCACUUUAGUGCACCAGCUACCACCCAACUGGGCGUGCCAACAGACGAUCUAGUCGGAAAUCACACCGCCAAAUGGAUGCAGGAUAGAAGCAAGAAGUCACCAAUGGAGUUGAUCAAUGAGGUCCCACCUAUCAAAGUUGAUGGAAGGAUUGCUGCUUGUGAAGGAGACACCAAUCCGGCACUUGGUCAUCCAAUUGAGUUCAUUUGCCUCGACCUAGACGAGCCUGCCGUUUGCAAAUACUGUGGCCUUCGUUAUGUUCAAGAUCAUCAUCACUAA